CCCAAACACAAAAUCGGUACAAAAUUUUUUCAAUCCAGCAUUGGCAGCCAUGGGACGCGGAAAGUACACAGCGCAAGAAGCCCUAGAGACACUGCCCGAGCCGACACCCACCUGCCCCGUGGCCCGCGUGCUGGGUCCCCGCGGCCAGCACCUGCACGAAAUCGCGGUCCUGCAAUCGCUGACAACGCCCGAGAUCAACCAGCGGCUCAACCCGACCAGCUCCGCAUGGUUCACGACCCUGGCCCAGCUGCCGCCGAAAUACCGCAGCGUGGUGUGGGUCAAGCGCGGCAGCUUUGUGCUCGCCAACCUCUCCGAGCAGUUCACAGACAAGGUGGGUGGCGAGAUUGCGCAGGUCCUGAUGGCAGAGCAGGUCAAGCACUUGAAGCAGACGGGCCAGUGGCCGGACCAGUACGAGGCGAUGUGGGAGCAGAUGAUGAAGGGGCAGGCAGGCGCAACCGAGGUCGAGGUGCAGAGCGAGGAGAGCGACGAUGAUCCGCUGAUGGCAGGUAAUCCGAAUCGGCAGUAUCUCGGCGACGAUGAAACCACCGACGACGAAGACUCGGAUGAAGAGUGAGGCAAACGAAUGCUCUGUUUCAGACUAGCGAACAAAAAAUAAAAAUCCGCGUGUGGUUCUCGCCAA